AUGGACUUGCUGACCAAGCACUUGCUGUCAGGAAAACCCAAAAUAGCAAAGGCCAUGGAAUCUCAGGGUAUUGUUUCUAUGAGUGCUGAUGAUAGAGAGCAAGGACAUUGGAGAAGGAACAAUGACAGGAGUGGUUUGUAUGUUCCUCCUGGAAGUUGGGAUGCUGCAACAACUAGCUCGGGAAAAAAGUCCAUGGGGGAUAUGAUGGAAAAGUUGUUGAAAGGAGUGGAAGCUACUAACUUAGGGAGAAAAAAUGGUACUUUACCUAGUGAUACAGUUAAGAAUCCACAAAAUGAUGGCUCAUGUAUGGCAAUUACCACUCAGAGUGGUAAGAGGUUACGUCGCCCUUCUAUGGGCAUAUCUUUAGAAGAUGAGGUAAGAGUUGAUGAACCCAAAGAAAGUAAUCCAGUGGAGUCUGAGAAGCUGGAUAGUUCUAUUGAUGAUCCAGAGAAGGAAAACAAGAAGGAAGAGGAAGUGCUGGUUGACAAAUGCUCUUGUAAUGUCUCUUGGUACUUUAAAGUGGCACCAAAAAGAAAGAGUCCCAUAGAACUAAAGAAAGUGGCUAAAGAUGAUGCACGUCGUAAGCUCAUUGAUGAGGAAUCUGACUAUGAGGAUAAGGAACCCUUGCUCAGGAAGCGAAAGAAGCAAAAUACAAAGAAAACUUCACUAAUUGAGGUGGAGGACACUAAUGAUACUAAGUGGACCAUAGCUUCUGAGAAAGAGGGGUCUGAAAAGGGUGAUUUUGAACAUGCAGACUCUGAUGAAGGGGAUCAAGAAGAGUCUGAAGAAUCUGAGUCCGAGGGAACAUCUUCUGGGCCCCUAUCCACGGAGCAAUAA